UAUAUAGGGACCAUACACUGUGAGCUGUAUCUGUGGCACAACCAAGGCUGGGCAGCUCCUCGGGGUAUAAAGGACCUCGGCUCCAUUGUGAGCAGGUGAUUUAGUAACAGCCGAUACCUCUGGGAAACAGGGAAAUUCACAGAUUAGAGAGACAGAAACAGAAGGGGAGAGUGACAGGCGCUUCUCUCUGUCUCACCAGCAAUAAGGAACUGAGUCAGUAACAGAGCGGAGCCUGGAACAUCAUGUUGCUGCUCGCCGGGCUGGGGCUUCUUGUGUUGGGCUCCUUGUGUCAAGGGGAAUUCUCUGCCCAGAUAGACAUGGAAGGCGUAAGAGGCUACAUUUCAUUCAACAUUUCCUCACAGACAAUUACAGCCAAUCUCUCCGGAACCUGUAAAAACAUAAAUAUUUCCGUACACGAAUUUCCGGUCUUCUAUGGAGCAUCUCAGGAUCCGUGCCACACCCGUAACGUUGGUCCUUCCCAUUACCAGCUUGGUUUGAGUAAUUCUUCUCAGGAGUCUUUGAAAUGGCCUCUUGGACAGUCAGUGGUAGUGGAGGCAUGUGGCCAUCGUUCAUGCAGGAAUCUUCACGAUACCAGGGGCCCCCUUCAGAUCUGGCAUGCCACAUUCCACUCCUUAGUUGUAGGCCAUAUAUACUUUCUCAAAGUAAUGGAUGAAGAUCCUAUUGUUGUCCUGACUGAGUUGGCACUGCCACAGGGAAUCCCUGAAUCUCCUGCCUCGUUAUUUUUUGCAAACAGCUGUGAAGCUCAAGUCAACCAGUCCCUGGGCAACUUCACAGUCGGGAACCGGACAGAGGCUUUGAAAAGCCGCAAAGAGCUGCCGCCUACCACCAUAAUGCCUUUUGCACGUCUUGAAUUCCAGGGUAAAAUAAUUUGUGCAAAAUUGAAAGCUUUGAGAUCCAAGACAGCAUCAGCUCAUGUAAGCAUGAAUGGUGUCAGUGGGCACUUUAACUUCAGGCAGAACUCUCCUCUCCACCCUACUGAGAUAGACCUAAACCUAAGAAAUCUAAAAGGGCAGUUUGGCGAAUACAGCAUCCACUCUCUUCCUGUUCUUGCUCGCCGAGACCCUGGAGAAAACCUCUGCAAUAAGAAUAGUACUGGAGACAUCUGGAAUCCCUUAGGAGUUAACAGAAGUGCUUCCUCUUACCCAACACAACCAGGAAGUGCCCAUCAUCUGUGGGAAAUGGGAGACCUUAGUGGUUGUCAUGGUUCCCUUCAGGGAUAUGAAGAAAUGAGAACUAAAUUAAUAGACUGGAAUCUACCACUUUACGGCAAUAACAGUGUUGUUGGCCGUUCUGUGGUUCUGUCUAAGGCAAAUGGCACGGAAUGGGUUUGUAGCACCAUAAGACAAGAGGGAGAUAUGGUUGUGGCCACUGCAUCAUUUCAUAAAGGAGUGGUCGGCAGAGUAAUGUUCAGACAGUCUCUUGAAGAUGUAGACAAUGACCUUUCUAUUUUGGUGGAGCUUUCAUCUCUGUCUGGACAAACAAGUAAUGGCCAUAACUGGCACGUUCAUGAAUUUCCAUUACAAAUGGAGUCAGACAGCUGUGCCAGUGCAGGAGGGCAUUUCAACCCUUACAAUGUGUCAACAGGAGGCAACUACAAAUAUGAAUGCAAAUAUUUGAAUCCCCUGCUCUGUGAACUUGGGGAUUACGCUGGAAGACACACACCAAUCACCCUUGCAGGCCCUCACCCAACCAGAUAUCUAUUCACUGACUCUUACUCAUCUCUAACUGGUCCAAAUUCCAUUUUAGGGAAGGCCUUAGUAAUUCAUGGUCCUGACGGAGCUGCACCCCGUUUAGCCUGUGCGAACAUAAUACCCCAACACCCCGUGGAAGGCAAAACGGGGCCUUGGUUUGGGUCCGGUGACGCCCAGGGCAUGCUAACUGCUUCACAGAUCUCUGAUCUGGAUCCCACCGCUAUAAACAUUAGUUUUUAUGAACUAAGAAACAGAUCUGGUGGCUUUCAUAUCCAUGUCCUGCCAGUUAUAAGUGGUUCUGUGGCUCCCUGUUCAGAUUCCCUUAUUAAAGGUCACUUCAAUCCCUUUGGGGUAAAUGUGUCAACCUCCCCACCAGCAGGAAACGGGACUGAUGAUGAGUAUGAGGUCGGUGAUAUAAGUGGCCGACGUGGACUCCUGGUGGGCAAAGACUCUUUGGUCAAACAAUUCAUAGACAUGAAUUUCCCACUUUCGGGGACUCAUAGCAUCCUGGGGCGGUCACUGGUCAUUCACUAUACCAACGGCUCAAGAAUGCAGUGUGCCAACGUCCUUCCCGAAUUGAAGUUUGGUGGAGAUUACAUUCGUGCUCAGGCCAAAUUUAAUGGCAGCAUAAGCGGAAGCAUCUCCAUGACACAAGUGAUAUAUCCAGAUGGAGGGUUCAGUGAUACCAUCAUUCUGGUGGACUUCCUUUCUACUCCCGGAAAUGACAACAAGAGCACCAACCUCCAGUGGUUCAUUCCCAAUGAGCCCAACGGAACGGAAUUCUACAAUCCAUAUGAAAUUCCAGCAGAGGGAGAAAAUAUGUGCAGAUCACAGAGCCCCCUUCAUUGCAAGGUUGGAGACCUAACGAGCAAACAUGGAGUCGUUAGUGCUCAGAAGAGAAAUCUGCUAACUGACAUCAACCUUCCGCUGGCCAGCGAAUUCACAGUCAUUGGAAGAUUCCUAAUGGUAAAGAAAGACACCUUAGAACCCAUAUCUGCACAAAUUCUGCCUGAUGUCCCUGUUUUUACCGUUAAGCUACCCGCUGUAACUCCAUUUAACAGGACCGCUUUCCGCAAGGCAGUAUCCGUGGCUUUAAAGGUUCCCAGCUGGAAAGUAAUUCUAAUAUCAGGAGGCCAUGGCAGGAAUGAGACAUGCUAUCCCGUCACCUUCUUCAUCAUCGGGUUUAACGACACAGCUGCACUGGCCUCGCUGGAAACUCCAGGUUCAUUAGGACCAUUUUCUACCUCAUCAUCAUGCAAGUCAGCAGUGUCACAGACUUCUGGAGCCUACAGAACCUCGGGCUUUCCUGGAAUUGGCUGCUUCAUUGUUUUAUUCCUUCUCAAAAUUCUAAAUUGUUAACCCACUUACCCACAACCAGAUAACAUGUAUCCCAUUUUGCUCUUCUGUACUUGAAAUGAUAUUAACAAUAAAACUGUUACACCUUCGAUUUUA